AUGUCAAGUAAGAAGGAAGAGAAAGCUCAGGUUGCAGCUGAUAGAAUCAAGGCUGCGGCAUUGACUGCUGCCAAAGGGCUUAGUCGUGCUCAAGCUGAACGGGCGGCAACUGCGGCUGCUCGAAAUGUUAAUGCUUAUGGACAGAAGGAAGAAGGGCCUAGCAGAUGGCAAGAGAAAAGGGAGGCUAAGAGACAGAUGUAUUUGAUGAGUACUGAGAAAGCUGUUAAAUUGGGUGAAAGGAAGGAAGUUAAGCCCACUAUGUCGACAAUCGGUGGAAAUGCGCGGUGCCAAAAGUGUUAUGGCUCUGGUCAUUGGACAUAUGAGUGCAAGGGUGAGCGGGUUUACAUUUCACGGCCCUCUCGGACCCAGCAACUUAAAAACCCUAAAUUGAGGGUGAAAGUGUCUGAAGUAACUAUGGAACGUGAUUUGGAUUAUAAUAAUCAUCAUGACGCUAAGGAGGAAAAUCAUAUACCGAGUUCCAAAAAGACCAAGAGGAAACAUCGGUCUGCUACUGGUAGUGAUAGUGAGGAUUCAGUGUUUGAGACUGAUAGUGGCAGUGAAUCGUCGUCUGUUACGGGGUCGGAUUAUUCUUCUGAAAGUAGUUCGGGUUCCAGUUCGUCAUCAGAUUCAGAGGAAGAAAGGAGACGGAGGAAGAGGAAGAGUUUGAAGAAGAAGCAGACUCAGAAGAAGAGCAAAGGAAAAAGCAGGAGGUACAGUACAUCAUCUGAAUCGUCUGAUUCAGAUUCUGGUUCAGACUCUGAUUCUGAUGAUAAAAGCAGCAAGAAGAAGAAGAGGCACAGUCGAAGACGUUGA